GAUUCAAUUUUUUUCAUUCAGUUACAAUUUUUAAAGGCCCCAAAUGUUUUGUUUACCUGGAACAAAGUUUGCCCAUAAUCGUAAUUGAAUUUGUCAUUCAUAAAACUUGCGCUAAAUGUAUAAUUUAUGGUAAGGGGACCUGGAUUCAAUUCAAAAUACAUGUGUGUGUAAUUUAAGCAUUCAUUUUGCUAAUUAAAAUCAAUAAAAAAGUUGGCAAAAAAGCUGUUUUUCACAGCUUAUUAAUAGAAAGUUUAGCGGAAGGAAAAAGUGCAUUUGAAAAAGAUGCAUAAGCAACGUGGAUAAUCACAGCUUUGAAAAGGGCUGCUCCGGGGAAUGCACCUCGCAGGCAUCUCGAGGAACAGGUUGUUUAUGAAGAAAGUCUCAGAGUCUGAAGAAAGUGGAGGCACAGAAUGCAACUUUCAAGUCCAGGAGUUCCCACAUUUGAGGAACCAUGUCAUCUGUGGGUGUUGGUUUACCGUGUUUUAUCAACUCCAAAGUCAGCGCAGCCAUCUACCAGAAACAUUUUGUGCUUCCCUCUGCUGACGAGUCUUACAGAGACGCUCAUUUCAUUUUCCAGCAGGAGUUUAGACCUGCUCAUAAAAUAACCAUCAUAUCACGGUGACUUAUUGGCCAGCAAACUCUCCUGACCUAAACCCUCAUAAUGAAUUUAUGUCAAGAGGAAAACAGGAAAAAACAGACUCAACACUGCAGAUGAACUGAAGGGUGUUAAUAAAGCUACCUUGGCUUUUUAACACCUCAGCAGAGUGACAGGGUGACUAAUCAAUGCUGCUUCACACUAAUAUAGUAAGCCAUGCAAAAGGAGCCCAGGCAAAAAUAUUUUAUACAUGUGUGACAAAGUAAGUGCAUGUGGGGUCACAUUUUUACAUUAUGAAUUCUUUUUAUAAAUGGCAUUCUGUAAUAUUCAACAUUUAGGAGAAAUAUAUAUAUUUUUAGGCAGAUAGCAGAUCAUUUGAUGUAGAGACAACUCCGUCUUAUAUUCGUUGAGACAGAGUUGUAGGGAAGACCACAUUUUCUUCUUAUGUCACACUUUUGAUUGACUGUUUCUUCUAAAUCCCGAACUUGUAUUCGCCGUGCAUUUAAUAAACAGCUUCCAUUCCUCGCUGCUGUCCGGGCCAGGUUUUGAUACAGCGCCGCCACACGCCGGAGUACUUGGAUUGGCUGAAGGAGCAAGGUAGUCCGCAGAGACGGCUCCUUCCCCGGGUUCAGUCCCGCCAGUGAGACGCACACGCUGAAAAAGGUUCGGCUGAGCGGGGACUCUCCGCGUGUUGGACUUCGAUUUGGCGAGGGAGCAUGAAUUCACCUUCAAGGCAGCGAUCCACACAUCAGAGCAAAUCUGGUGAACCUUUGAGAGGGAAAUCCAACGGAGUCAGGUUUUAACGCAACAUCCUCGCCUCAGACGGAGGGCGAUGCGCCCACAUCUCAUCCCGUAAACUAUCACAUGUUUGUGAGGACGAAGCAAACAAACAAUCAGUGCGCUGGGGAUAUCUUCUGCGGAGCCACGCUGUGCGCUCUUGGUUGUGGAGGUUGAUACCUGGACGGGAACGCGGCGCACAGAGGGAGGAUAAAGCGUGUUGGAGAGACUCGGACUUGCCUCAGAGCGCAGUUUGACUCCUCAUCAUGGGCUGCGGCGCACAGACUGACAGAGGAAGGGGAAGAGUGACGAGAUUCCCCCCGGAGAUGCCGUCCGUACCCUGGCUUCUGCUCCUUCUCCUGCUGGAUGUAGGAUUUGCUCAAGUUGACGAUGACUUCAUUGGUCUGGGUGAGCUGCCCGAAACGUUCCCCUCAGAUCCCCCCGAACCCCUUCCAGUAUUUUUGAUGGAGCCGGAGGAGGCCUACAUUGUGAAGAACAAGCCAGUUAACCUGUACUGCAAAGCCACGCCUGCCACGCAGAUCUACUUCAAGUGCAACAGUGAGUGGGUUCACCAAAAGGAGCACACCGUGGAGGAGAGGGUGGACGAAAACUCUGGUCUGGUUGUGAGAGAGGCCAGCAUAGAGAUCACCCGGCAGCAGGUGGAGGAGUUGUUUGGGCCGGAGGACUUCUGGUGUCAGUGUGUGGCCUGGAGCUCCGCUGGGACCACCAAGAGCCGCAAAGCCCACGUCCGCAUCGCCUACCUGAGAAAGACGUUUGAUCAGGAACCUCUGGGGAAGGAAGUGUUACUCGAGCAGGAAGUGUUACUGCAGUGUCGCCCACCUGAAGGCAUCCCAGCAGCUGAGGUGGAGUGGUUAAAGAAUGAAGAAGUUAUUGAUCCUGCAGACGACAGAAACUUCUACAUCACCAUCGACCACAACCUGAUAAUAAAACAAGCCCGCUUGUCCGACACCGCCAACUACACCUGCGUGGCGAAGAACAUUGUGGCCAAAAGACGCAGCACCACCGCCACAGUUAUUGUCUACGUAAAUGGUGGGUGGUCAACAUGGACAGAGUGGUCAGUGUGUAACAGCCGCUGUGGCCGUGGUUACCAGAAACGGACGCGCAGCUGUACCAACCCAGCUCCUCUGAAUGGAGGUUCAAUCUGUGAAGGACAGGGCAUCCAGAAGCUGCCAUGCAAUCCUCUCUGCCCAGUGGAUGGCCUGUGGACAGAGUGGAGUAAGUGGUCCACCUGUGGGACAGAGUGCACCCACUACAGGAGGAGGGAAUGCAGCGCCCCGGCACCCAAAAACGGAGGGAAGGACUGUGAGGGCUUGGUGCUCCAGUCUAAGAACUGCACUGACGGCCUGUGCAUGCAGAGUUCCUUAUAUCAGAAGUCUACUGAGGCUAAUGACGAGGGUGAUUUUGGAAAUUCAUUGGCUCCCAGUACCGAUGACGUAGCCCUCUAUGUGGGCAUUGUCAUCGCCGUGAUCCUGUGCGUGGUUAUCUCCGUCGUCGUGGCGCUCUUCAUCUACAGGAAGAACCAUCGGGAGUUCAGCUCCGACAUCAUCGAUUCGUCUGCCCUGAACGGAGGCUUCCAACCGGUCAGCAUCAAGACCGCACGCAAAGCUGAUCUCUUAACAGCACCCCCUGACUUGACCUCGGCGGCCGCCAUGUACCGCGGCCCAGUUUAUGCCCUCCAUGACGUGGCCGACAAAAUCCCCAUGACCAACUCCCCCCUGCUGGAUCCACUGCCCAACCUGAAGAUAAAGGUGUACAACUCCUCGGGUCUGGUGACCCCUCAGGACGACCUGGGAGGGGAGCUGUCCUCCAAGCUGUCCCCAAAGCUUCCCCACUGCCUGCUGGACAACAGCGACAGCACGAUGGGCCGGCGCAUGCAGACACAGACGCUGCUGCGCACCAGGGAUCCCUCCUGCACCGCUCUGGGCUCCUUCAGCUCGCAGGGGGGGCAGCUGAUUGUGCCCAACUCAGGCGUGAGUCUGCUCAUACCAGCGGGGGCCAUCCCUCAAGGCAGAGUCUACGAGAUGUACGUGACCGUUCAGAGGAAGGACAACCUGAGGCCUUCUGUGGAAGAUGGUCAAACAGUGCUGAGCCCCAUAGUGAGCUGUGGGCCUCCUGGGGCCCUGCUGACACGGCCCGUCAUCAUCACCAUGCACCACUGUGCCGUGUGUGACGGCCAGCAGGACUGGCUGAUCCAGCUCAAGAGCCAGUCCCCGCAGAACCAGUGGGAGGAUGUGGUGGUAGUAGGAGAGGAAAACUUCACCACGCCGUGCUAUAUCCAGAUGGAUGAAGAGGCUUGCCACAUCCUGACGGAGACGCUAGGAACAUACUGCCUCGUGGGCCAGUCUCUCAGCGCUGCCACCAUCAAGCGCCUCAAGCUAGCCAUCUUUGGCCCCGUCACCUGCCCCGCCAUGGAGUACCACAUCCGAGUUUACUGUCUGGACGACACUCAGGAUGCACUCAAGGAGGUUCUGCAGAUGGAGAAGCAAAUGGGUGGAAAAUUGCUGGAUGAACCAAAGACUCUAAACUUUAAAGACAGCACCCACAACCUGAGACUUUCCAUCCAUGAUGUUCCCCAGCCGUUAUGGAAGAGCAAACUCCUAGCAAAGUAUCAGGAGCUGUCCUUCCAGCAAGUGUGGACCGGUUCACAGAGGAACCUCCACUGCUGCUUUACUCUGGAGCGCUUCUCAGUCAGCACGGGGGACCUGAGCUGUAAGAUAUGUGUGCGGCAAGUUGAAGGAGAAGGACAGAUUUUUCAGCUGGAUACUACACUCUCAGAGGACUCCCAGAGCAUCGACACGUCUCUGCUCGACCCCGCCAGCAACAUCACCACACUGGUCGGCCCGAACGCGUUUCGCAUCCCGCUCUCCAUUCGACAGAAGCUGUGCGGCAGCCUAGACGCGCCGCAGACCAGAGGCAACGACUGGAGGAUGUUGGCCCACAAACUUAAUCUUGACAGGUAUCUGAACUACUUCGCCACUAAAUCCAGUCCUACAGGAGUUAUCCUGGACUUGUGGGAGGCGCAGCAUUUCCCCGAUGGCAACCUCAGCCGCCUGGCCCAGGUUCUGGAAGAGAUGGGUCGCCACGACAGCCUCGUUCCUGCUGCGACCGAGCACUGACGUCCGCUUGCAUCUGACGAGGAAGAAGAUUAAAAAACAGGAGUGAAAGAAGAGAGGAGUUAAAGGCAAGACUUUGAUUUUGGAAUCUCAGUGGAAAAUGCUCUUUCGCGCUUCUAAAAGCUACCUGAGAGCACGCUGAUGGAGGUGGAAGUAUCGAAACAGCCAGGUCUGCUCAGGCAUGACCCAGUUAAACAUUGGCAACAAAAGGGUGUAAAAACCUGGAGAGCAAACAUGAACCCUUGCCAGUCACUUUUCUGGCUGAUCCUUCCUCUCUCUGGUGCAACAGUUUGAUAUUUUUGGCUCUAGUUUCCUUGGAAACAGCUGUCCGGUUGUUUGGAUGAAUUUUGCUGCCGAUUCCCUCACAGCAUACAAGUAACAAUCGACGAGAGGUCAGUGGAUCAAAGGAGGAGGACGGGGUUCAGAGAGAGCAUCACUCGGCCAUCAAAGUCAAUAUUCUGCAAUCCUUGAUAACACAGUAUUUAACAUUAUACAUAUUUGUGCUUGUUUUUUUUUUAUUAUUUCAUUCUGCCUGUUAGUAUGUUGCAGAAUCCUUUAAUUUAGUUGCAUUUUCUUUCUUUGUGUCACAGCACCACCUGGUGGACACGCACGAAAGUAAGUCAGAAAAACAAAGGGAAAAAGAGCAUUUUCACAUCUGUUGUAAUAAUUGCUUUUAUUUAGUGUUAUAUAUUAUUAUUGAGUUUUUAUUAUGUAUGCAACUUUUUUUUCACAAC